AUGGAUGCGUUCACCAAAGAUCUAUGUGGAUAUGCAAUAUUAGAUUCUGGGUGUACUCGCACUGUAUGUGGGAAAAUUUGGCUUCUUGAUUAUUUGCAAAGAAUCAAGGAAUCUGAAAUAGAAAAGAUUCACACUGGAGAUAGUGGAGGAGUUUUCAUGUUUGGUGAUGGUCGAAAAGUCAGUUCAUUGUAUUCCAUACAAAUCCCGGGAUAUAUUGGGGACACGAAAGUCAACAUUUCUUGUGAUGUGGUUGAUGAAAAUAUACCAUUAUUAUUGAGUAAAGAUUCCAUGAGAAGAUCAAAUACUGUGAUUGACUUUGCAGAAAACAGAGUGGAAAUGUUUUAUAAACCAGUUAGGACUCUGGAGAAUAAGAAGUAUUACUGUGUCAGCUUUUUUCCCGAUAACAAUAAAUCACCUACUCCUAGGAUUUUUAUCACUGCAAAAGAAAGAAAACUCAACAAGUUAUCUUCAAAUAUGUUGAAGAAAGUUAUAGACAAUUGUCAAGUUCGCAAAAUUUACAAGAAACCUUCUCCAAAACCGGGUGUUGGGUUGAUUCGUGCAACUGAUUUCAACGAAGUUAUAGCCAUAGACCUCCAUCAGCUUGGCCCAAAUUUAUGCAUAUACGGACCUCCAAGACAAGUAUUCACAGACAAUGGAGGAGAAUUCAACAAUGCAGUUUUUUGUGACAUGGCUGAAAAUUUCAACAUAGAACUCAAGACGAGUGCAGCAGAAAGUCCAUGGAGCAAUGGUUUAGUCGAGAGGCAUAAUUCUAUUCUAACUGAAAUUUUGCUGGAAAUUAGAGAAUCUGAAUCAUUAGACUGGAAAACAGCAUUUUCCUGGUCUCUAAAUGCAAAGAAUUCAUUGCAUAAUGUUCAUGGUUACAGCCCUUAUCAUCUGAGUGUUCGGAGAGCAUUGCAAAAACAAAUCAGGUCUCAUGGCGAUGAAAUUUAUGAGACUGGAGACACUGUUUAUUACAAGCGAGAGAAUUCAGAAAAAUGGAGAGUGCCGGCAAAAGUUAUUGGUGCUGAUGGAUGUGUAGUAUUCCUUAGGCACGGCGGACUGGGUAUACGUGCACAUAAAUGCAGGCUGAUGCAUGAUAAACAAAGAGAAGUUAAAGUUGAACAGAAUGAAGAGCAGAUAUCAAGUAAUGAAGCACGACCAAAAACUGAUCAAGGAAAUGAAUCUUCAGAAUAUAAUGAUGGACUCUCGGCUUCACCUGUUGUGAAGAGAGAUCCUCAACGUGGUCAAAUAGUAGAAUUCAAAGAGGAUGUAACUGGCAAUAAAAAAGUUGCAAAAGUACUUGGGCGGGCUGGUAAAGCAACAGGAAAGUACAGCACAAAGACAUUCAUUGAUCUUGACACUGUUGAGAAUGUUAUGGAUGAUUUACCAGCUCAAGAAAUACCAAUUGUUGAUCAAACUGACAAUGGACCAAAACCAAAAGCUAGACUAGUAGUUAGAGGUUUUGAAAAAGAUUGUCUCAGUGAAUUGAAGACAGAUUCCCCAACAUGUUCUAAAGAAAGUCUCAGACUUGUUUUAGCACUGCUUGCACAAAAGAACUGGUCGCCAAAAACUAUGGAUAUCAAAACUGCCUUCUUACAAGGAAAAUCUCUUGAGCGUGAUAUUUUUAUCAAACCACCUGAUCAGAAAAUACUGAAGCGAAAUGUUGUGUGGCCAUUGAAGAAAUGCGUAUAUGGUCUUACUGAUGCUUCAAUGUAUUGGUACGAAAGUGUUAAGGAAACGCUUCUAAAAUUAGGUGCUCGUAUCUCUGUAGUGGAUCCUGCUUUAUUCUAUUAUUUCGAUCAUGAUUUAAAAGGGGUGAUCGCUUUGCAUGUGGAUGACUUUCUGUGGGGCGGUUCGGAAGAAUUCGAACGCAAAUUCAUCAAGAGUUUGAGAGAGCAGUUCAAAAGUGGAAGUGAGCUUUUAAUCGAAGCUGAUGUCUUGAAAGUUCGAUCUUUACUUGGCCAGAUACUGUGGGUCUCAAAUCAAACUCGGCCAGAUGUAUCAUUUGCAUCAUCUACACUCACAUCUGCUUUAAAGAAUUGCAGUGUUAAAACUGUGAUAGAAGUUAACAAAAUUGUCAGACAACUGAAAGCACAAAAGGUCACUUUGAAAUUUCCUGCUAUCCAUGACAAUGAAGUUAGGUUUCUUGUUUAUAGUGAUGCAUCAUGCGGCAAUUUGAGUGACGGGGGCACGCAAGUUGGCCAUAUUGUAUUCAUGAUUGGUGGAAACGGGAAAAUACCCUUAUGUUGGCAAUCCAAGCGAAUCAAAAGAGUCGUGAAAAGCACACUUUCUGCUGAAACUCUCUCUAUGUCAGAUGGUGUUGAUACGGCGGUGUUAUUAGCAGCGUUGUACUCUGAACUAACGACUGGAAGAGUUCAACCAGAAAAAUUUGGCAUUGAAUGUUGUACUGAUAGUCAAAGCCUUUGUGAUGCAAUCAAGUCGACAAAAGCUGUAUCAGAGAAACGUCUCACAAUUGACAUUUAUGGUUUAAAAGAAAUGGUUUCAUCCCAUCGAAUCUCCUGCAUAAAGAAACUUCCGAGUGAUCAACAAUUAGCAGAUUGUUUGACUAAGAAAGGAGCAUCUUCAAACGAACUGUUAAAUGCAUUAUGUUAA